AUGGAUGAAAACAUUGACGCCAGCUUGGAUGGUCCCAUGGAUCCUUCGCUGGGCAACAUGCAGAUGCCCUCCGAGAUGCCAGCUUACCAGCCGCGUCAACUCUCAGGCAGUCGACGUGCAGGCAUCAGGUACAAGGCAUACAGCACUGAGGACUUCGAGCGUGCUAUCAAAGCAGUGAAGGAGGAAGGGAUCUCUCUCAGAAAGGCAUCCAUGACGUAUAACGUGCCCAAGACGACUCUCGCCGAGAAACUGGGAGACUCCUGCCCCAACCUUCCCCCGCUGCAGGCAUCAAGGAAAAACAGGAUUGCCACCCGCUAUACCUGGACCGAAGCCGACAUGGAGCAAGCUGUAGCUGCUGUGCACGCGGGCACCCAUGCAUCGGAAGCUGCAAGACAAUUCGGUGUUCCGUACAGCAAUCUAAACUCGAGAACACGCGGCCGCCCGCCGCGGGAGCUCAAGGCUGAGCUCGCGCGCCUGUCAUUGAAACAGGAGAGCUUGAUGGUGGACUGGGCACAUGCGCAGUGCGAGCUGGGCUUUCCUCCGACGAAGGAUCAGGUCUACGACCUGGCCCAAAAGGUCCUGGCGAAGAGCGGUACUGAUCAGAAGCUGGGAAGACAGUGGGUUGGCCACUGGCUACGCAGACACCCGCACAUUAAGGUACUCGAAUGGGCUCCGAAACAGAAGGCAGACAAGAAGCUCCCACCCCCUUUCGUGGCGAGCACGUUUGCACCUCAAACCCUUGCGCAAGCCCCUGUCACCGAAGACUCGUUCAUCCAUGAGACAGGUCACCUGGGCGACGAUACUCUUGGUCACAGUGUCGCCGGAUCGAAUGCGGACAUGGUUGGUCUUGAUCAAGGGAUGGGCGAAGUUGCCAGUUUGAUCAUACAGACUUGA